AUGUCACACCACGAUUUUCCCUACUCUUCCCAUAGAUUUCGUUUCGCGUCUAACGCAGAGUACGCAAUUUCUCCGCCUGCUCUCAGACGAGGUGCCUGGCUCAAGCGUCCUGUGGUUGCAUUCACGUUGGGCAUCUUGACAGCCUUACUCGGGAAGCAGUCCGUUGUCCAUGCCUCAACUAUCAUCGAUGCAUACCUUACACCACAUAUUUCCUCUGGCCAAAUGCCCAUAGACGCCACAUUCGCUGUCCUUACUUCUAUCACUGACCGCCUACUCGCGAAUGCUACACCCGCCUCCGUCCCUCCUCGCAACCUUGCUCUAUUUGGUGGCGGCGCUCGAGUUAACUCUCUUCUCACUUCUGCUACCUACAAUCCUCACGCACAUGGUUCAGUAGGCCCACUACGGAGAGGCCUUCGCUGGGUUCGAGACACGAUGCUCGGUGUCGAAUUUUCUCGACUGCACAUGAGUCGUCCCAGGGAUGCUCUCAGCGAGAAUAUGGAACUUGGAAGGUGUUGGGAAUUCGAGGGUCCCACGGGUCACAUAGCCAUUGAAUUGCCAGAGGUCGUCACCAUAACCGACGCCAGUGUGGCUUACAUCCCUGCUCCCCUCCUCUCGCAGGUUGCUGUAGGCCGUGCGCCGCGCAGAGUAACCAUGUGGGGCCUGGCCGACAACACGACUGCUCAGCAUUUUACCGAGUCCCACGCGCCGUCCCUUUUUACAGCGAAUCACCGGAACCCUCCUGGUAUGCACUACACCGAUAGGUUCGUCAAGCUUGGAGGGUUCGUUUUCGACAUCGAUUCGUCGCAUCACCAGUUCUUUGCCAUGGAUCCUGAUUCUGCCACGAUACAAACAUCUCUGGUCAUUUUUGAAGUGAAUAAUAAUCACGGUUCAAGCACAACAUGUCUAUAUUAUUUAGGGGUGUACGGUAUAGAAGUCUCCUAA